AGUAAGUUAUUCAGUGAGCUCUAAAGACUUGUCUAAACCGUGUAAAAAAAAAGAAAAAAAAGAUUUAGAUUUAAAUUUUGUGACUUCUGCAGCCAUGAAGUUGCUUGUGGCUGGGAUUUUUCUCAUUCUAAUUGUGGAAACCAAUGCCCAGUGGUAUAAUUUCCCAAUUGAAGCAGCUAAAGGGGCUGGUGAUAUGUGGCGAGCCUACAGCAACAUGAGGGAGGCCAACUGGAAAGAUUCAGACAAAUACUUUCAUGCCAGAGGAAACUAUGAUGCUGCACAGAGAGGAGCAGGAGGCAGAUGGGCUGCUGAGGUUAUCAGUGACACCAGAGAGUGGGUGCAGGAGAGACUGGGUCAUGGCGCUGAGGAUUCCGAAGCUGAUCAGGCGGCAAACCGUUGGGGGCGAGACGGAAAUGAUCCCAACCAUUUCAGGCCCGAGGGUCUUCCCAACAAGUACUGAGCGCAAAGCUCAUUGACUUACAGGAGAAUAAAACUGUAUGAAGACGUU